ACAGAUAGAACUGGACAAGGAACCGAGCUGGGCACAAGACCCCAGAGACAUAUUCAAACAGCGAUACCUUUAAUACAACGAUACACAAGACAGCAGCACAUAGCGCAGUUUCCUUUCUAAGGACUGUAUUGGGAGAGAUACUUGAAGGGCAAGGUAACCAUGCAGCACUAUGGAGUAAACGGCUAUUCUCUCCAUGCCAUGAAUUCCCUGAGCGCAAUGUACAACCUCCACCAGCAGGCGGCGCAACAAGCUCAGCACACCCCUGACUACAGGCCCUCUGUGCAUGCCCUCACCCUGGCAGAGAGACUGGCCGGCUGUACAUUUCAAGACAUCAUCCUGGAGGCUCGCUACGGCUCCCAGCACCGGAAGCAGCGCCGCAGUCGCACCGCAUUUACCGCACAGCAGCUUGAGGCGCUGGAGAAGACCUUCCAGAAGACCCAUUACCCUGACGUGGUGAUGAGGGAGCGCCUGGCCAUGUGCACCAACCUCCCAGAGGCUCGCGUGCAGGUUUGGUUCAAGAACCGCCGCGCCAAGUUCCGCAAGAAGCAACGCAACCUUCAGAAGGAGCAGCUGCUGAAGCAGAAGGAGGUGGAGGAGGGGAGUCCGCAGGGGAAAGAGGAGCUUGCUGCUGCUUCUGCUGCCACUGUCUCAGAGUCCCAAACACACCCCUCUUCCUCCUCCUCCUCCUCCUCCUCCUCGUCCUCCUCUUCUUCGGAGACUGAGCGCCCUCUCCACACCCUGGCAGCAGAACUCAGUGUGGAGGUUAACGUCACUUCGGCCGAGCAGUCUGGCAGCGAAUCAACAGCUGAGGACCACAACGACAAAGAGGAGUACAAACCACAGAGGGAGGAGCCAAAAUGUGACAAGAGCCCCGCCCCUGGAAACAAGACCCCGCCCUGCAAGCGGCUUAGUCCCAAAGCAGACUCUCCUAUCAGCGUCACGGUAACCCCGUCCUCCAGUGGUGGCAGCAGUGGGAUGCCUCAGAGCAACUCGUACUCCUCGUCCCCGCUCAGCCUCUUCCGUCUCCAGGAGCAGUUCCGGCAGCACAUGGCCGCCACCAACAACCUGGUGCACUACUCCUCCUUCGACAUGGGAACCCCUCCUCCAGUGCCGUACCUGGGCAUGAACGUCAACAUGACGGCGCCACUGGGAUCCCUGCACUGCCAGUCCUACUACCAGUCCCUGUCCCACGCCCAGCAAGUGUGGACCAAUCCCAUUCUGCAGGCUUCCAGCAGCAUUCCCAGCCUGAACAGCAAGACCACCAGCAUCGAGAACCUGCGGCUGCGAGCGAAACAGCAUGCCGCCUCGCUGGGCCUGGACACUCUCCCCAACUGACCUCCAGGCCCGCGACCGGACUGAGGGGCCAGGCAAGGGAUGCCCUGCGACUCUCUGUGACAUCAUCUCUGCCUCCCAUGUGGAGCAGCCUUAUAGCUAUAGCACCCCCUUCUGUGCAGAGCUUGUUUUGUUGUGGUCCGAGUUUUAUCCUUUUUAGUAUCCACUCCACGAUUGCACAGAGCAGAGGUUAAUGCUUCUGCUGUGGUUAUGUCACAGAGAGCUCACACUAAUGAAGGAAAAGCAUUCACUUUAUUUAUCCACAGUUCCAAUUUAAAGACACAAUCCCUCAUUUUUGUUCAGUGUCUGUAUACAGUAAGUUUGUCUCUGGACUGUAGAAAAGGGACCCUGAAAAUAUACCAGUAAAAAAUGAUCUACUGUCCAUCCCUGUAUACCAAUGUGAAGGAUUGAAGAUCAGCUGUUGCACUGCUGUACUUACAGUCAUUAGUCACAGGGGGUGGCAGAGAGCUAAACUGGAAACUAUUCUUUGUAACUACCUAAUACACACACACUGUAUACUUUUAAUUUUACUGAACAGUUCGGUUUAAAGUGCACACUCUCGUGCUAAUGAUUUCUUAGCUUUGUAAAUAGCUUUGUUUAUCGUCCCUGGGCAGUGUGUUAAAGUCAGUGUUGCCUUCUAGAAUAUAGUGAAAAAAAAUAUUGAAUUAUUUUUUCAUUUCAACAUUGCAAUAUUAUUUGAGAACAAAAAUGAAAGUACAAGUAACACAAAUUCUUCAACAACAAUGUAAUAUUUCGAAAAACAAACUAACAAAACCUAUGUCCCCCACUGGCCCAGAGUGUAAGAGGAAUAGUCUGUAAUAUCCAUGUUAUUUAUCAUUAGAAAUGUAAGUGGUCUAUCUGAGCCAUAGAUAUGGAUUCUGUAUUUUAUUGUCACCGGUUUAAGUGCCCUUGUUACUCCCAGAACAUAAAACUUAGGUUGAGUAUUAAGGCAAUGACAGGUAAAGAGGUCCUUCAUAAUCUAAAGUGGAUCUCAUCCACUUAAUUGGUAAUGCUUCAUUUAAAUUUGAACCAAGUAGCCUUCAUAAAUGCUUCCAAAGUCAAGCAUAAUCCACAGUACCAUGUCCUUACAGCUUUCCUAAUAGACAGUCAAAAUAACAGUCAUAAGUUCUGCCACCUUUACUUUUCCGAAUUACUUUAUCAUGCGUUCUUGUGGCUUGCUUCUAAAGUGGGUUAUGAUUAAGAAGUGCUUGUUAAAGGUAAGGCAUUUUACAUAAAUGAUAUAAGUUCUGGGUGAAACAUUAGACACUCAAAUUAAAAAAUGUGAAUGUGAAUUUCAUUAAGCAGUUGUGCAUUAUCAGACAAACGGGUCAUGUAUGUAAGCACUUCCUGUGUGGACAGGAACUUCCCCUGAAAGCACUUCCUUACUAACCAAGAAUUUCUGUCUCCUGUUUGCUGCAUUUUCUU